AUGUGUGUGGACCAAUCUAAUGCGUGGACGGCUUGUUUGUCAUGGUCUGUGUUCAUUGUCCUCGCAAUCGUUGUCCCAUGUCUAUCGCAUUUCGGGCUUGCUUGUAGCGAUUGCGAUAGCAAACACAGUAGGCCCUAUGAUGGGGUGGUUCAAUUAUCUCUCAGUAGCGUCGCUACCUUGUCUUUUGUUUGUCUCUCAAAGUUUAUCAGGACAUAUGGGCUUCGAAGGUUCUUGUUCUUUGAUAAGCUUUGUGACGAAAGCGAGACGGUUCGAAAGGGAUAUACAGAGCAGUUCAAUAGAUCACUGAAGAUCCUCUUCAUAUUUGUCCUACCUUGUUUUGCUGCUGAGAGUGCAUACAAGAUAUGGUGGUACAGCUCGGGUGCGACUAGCAUUCCUUUCUUGGGCAAUGUCAUCGUGAGUGACACCGUAGCUUGCAUUCUGGAACUGUGCUCUUGGCUUUAUCGGACUGUGGUUUUCUUCCUGGUGUGUGUUCUCUUCCGUCUCAUCUGCUGCCUUCAGAUCCUCCGGUUACAGGACUUUGCUCAGGUCUUCCAAAUGGACUCUGAUGUGGAGUCUGUCUUGAGAGAACACCUCAGGAUUAGGAGGCAUCUAAGAAUCAUAAGCCAUCGCUACCGUGUGUUCAUUUUGUGGGCUUUGAUAUUUAUCACAGCAAGUCAAUUCGCCUCUCUUCUCAUGACUACACGUUCCACCGCUGAAGUUAAUGUAUUUUAUGCUGGUGAACUUGCGCUCUGUUCUGUUAGUCUUCUUGCUGGAAUCUUGAUACUACUGCGGAGUGCAACGAGAAUCACCCACAAAGCACAGGCUGUGACAUGCCUUGCGGCGAAGUGGCAUGUGUGUGCAACAAUAGACUCCUUUGAUUCAACUGAAGCAGAAACUCCAACAACCAGGGUUGCCUGUGACCAAGUUUUUCCAGUGAGUACUGAAGGAUCGGAUGCUGAAGAUGUUGGUGAUGAAGAAGACGAGUUAGACAACACUAAACUAGUCCCAUCAUAUGCAUAUAGCACAAUCUCAUUCCAGAAAAGGCAAGCCUUAGUGACGUACUUUGAGAACAACAGAGCAGGAAUUACAGUGUAUGGAUUCAUGCUGGACAGGACUUCGCUUCACACCAUAUUCGGGAUAGAGUUAUCCCUUGUGCUUUGGCUGCUCGGCAAAACCAUCGGUUCUCUUUGA